AUAAUAGUCAAAGCUACUUAGGCUUAACUGGUCAUUGUAUAUAUGGAAAUAAAUUAAUGAACAUAAUUUUUGGUGUAACUGCUCUAACAGAACCACAUAAUGCUGACUACUUAGCACAAGUAAUUGUUAAUAUGACAGAAAAAUGGGGCAUCACAAGUAACAAAGUGGUAGCGUUUAUCACGGACAAUGGCGCAAAUAUCGUUAAAGCUGUCACAAAUGUUUAUGGCAAAAAUAAACACAUGCCAUGCUUUGCACACACAUUAAACCUAGUAUCAUCAAAACCAUUUGAUAAUAAGGAUGGAUUGGAAGAAGCCAAAAAUUUACUAACAGCUGUUAAAGAUAUAACAACAUAUUUUAAGCAUAAUACAAAUGCUGCUUGCUGACUCUUUAAAGAAAGCUCAGGAUCACCAAACAAAGCCUUUGGGGCUUAUUCAGUCUGUGUCUACCAGAUGGAAUUCUGUUUUUUAUCAAUUAGAACGAUUUGUUGAGUUAUCCGAAAUAAUUGCGCCAAUAUUACUCAAGUUAGAAUUCAUAAAAUAUCUUAUGAAUAUAUUAAGACCAUUAGAAGUAAUAAAAAAUUUAAAGUCUCAAAAUAUGUUACAUCUGGAAGGUGCUAUUUUACUCGAAGAAUGUGCUGGCUGUCCGGAAUUCCUUACUCGACAAAUAUCAAAAUAUAGAGGUGAAUUGUGUCAAGAAAAAAUAUGGAGAAGACAUUCGAAAGUUUGCAUUCACAUUGAACUUUUUGUCGCCUAGUGCCUACAAGUUCGUAAGGACGACAUACAGAGACUGUUUACCACAUCUAAGGACCCUUUUUAAAAUGGUCCCAGCGUGUUGAUGCACCAGGGUUCACAGAUGAGGCAUUUAAAACUUUAAAAAUAAAGGCCCAGAACAGUUUAAGGGCUUGUACACAAAACUGCGAUGCGACGUCGCAUCGCAAAAAUCUGCGAGCUCCCUCUACGCAUCGCAAGAACUUGCGAAUUGAUUCGCAUCGCGCAUUCCUGCGAUGUUGCGUCACACUUGUUGACGCCAUUUUUAGUUCGCUCUGGGACAGCGUGUGGGCAAGACGUGUACUUUAAAAAUGACAGAAUACGACGUUGAUUUUUUAAUAUCACUGAUCGAGGAGCGCCCUGUUCUUUGGGAUACUAGUAAUGAAGAUUAUAAAAACAAAUUCAUUAAACAAGAUGCUUGGAAGGACGUGUGUAAAAGUUUAUUUCCAAAUUUCGAGGAAAAAGAAAACAAUGAAAAAACUAAACUUGGAAAUUCAGUAAUACAAAGAUGGAGGGGGAUUAAGGAUACCUUUAAUAAAUAUGAAAAGAAACUCAAAGAUGCAAGUAGGUCAGGGUCUGCAUCCAAAAAUAUAAAAGAAUACCAUCUGUACAAACAAUUACAAUUUCUUAAGAAAAAUUUGCAAAAUGAGACCACUACUAGUAUAAAUGAUUCAGAAAAUGAGCAGGAUAAUCAAGAAGGUACAUCUAAAACACGUUACCAAAGGCAGCCACCAAAACGAAAGAUGGUUAAUAAUUUUGAAGAUGAUAUUGUAAAGAUUUUAAAGGAACCUGAGAAUAGACACAUAUCUUUUUUUAAAGGUAUUCUACCAUCACUUGAAAGAUUAGAUGACAAUAAAACUCUAAUCUUUCAGAGCAGAGUUCUUCAAAUUUUAACAGAAUUGCAUCAACCUCAUGGCUACUACUAUCCGAAUAGCAACUACCAGGGUGGCUAUCAAACUCAACAUUUUGCGACAUCUCAACAAACGCCACUGAUACGUCCACAGUCAUCUAACAUACCAGAUCAAAUUGAUUCACCCAGUAAUGAUUUUUCUAACUCAAGCAUAUUAAGCACACUUUCAACUGAAGAAGACUUUGAUUUUUCGUAAAUUUUAUGAAUUGUAAUAUUUUAAAAACUCUUUUCUCAAUAAAAACUAAUGUAAACAA